AGAAUAUUAUAGCUGAAGGAACCGCAAAUGGUCGCGAUGAAGGGAGAAAACAAAAGUCAGCGUGUGGAGGUGUGAUGGAGAAGACUCGUAGGAUAAGGAAGGAGGACAUGCUUGCUCAAACAGAAGAUCACCUAGCUGCAGAUCCUGUGUGUCACUCGCUUCGUGAAACUGCAUUGUCACGAAAGGUCAAGCCCAUCAACUAUGAUAAGGGUUUUUUUCUAGAGUACGACACGGAGGGGAAGGCAUUAACCAAUGCAGCGCAGGUGCUCAUUGACAUAAGCAGAGUCUUGGACAUGCCGCCACAGGAGAUAGCGUACAACCACCGACCACUCGAGCGAGAGCGUGUUGCGGGGAUAAAACGGGUAAUUGAGGAAUCUUAUGCGGGUCAUGGACAAUGGAGGAAGCCGGACCUCAUUGUCGCACCUAUUGUUCCCCCGCCUCCUGGCAGCGGUGGAAAAGCACAACGUGUAAAACCGCAAGAUUUUCAAAUCUCGCGAGUGUCCACCUAUCAUUGGUACGCAGUUGCCGGUCAACAUACUGCUGCGGCUGCUAGAGAAUUGUUAAGGGUAUCUCAACUUGCCAUAGAUAAAGGUUUCCACAAGUGGAGGGUUCGUCCUGUUUAUUUUGACAAUGACGAACUGAAAGGGUACAGCCACAUUGCAACGGAAGAGAAUACGAAGGAGCUCAAAGGUUUGUCAUCCUCGCAGCGUGGAAGUGUGGCGUCAAUACGGCAGUUGUGGCUGGAGAUGGGAAAACCGGAGGCAGUUUAUGGAAUAGCUGGUGAGUCUGAUGUUGGGAGGCAAAAAAAGAAGGAGAGUUUUGAGGAUUUUCAAAGGGCUGCAAUGCGGAUGACGAACAAUCGCGUCUAUUGGGAAAUGACAACUUGUGGAGUUGAUCAUGAUUCAGAGUGGUCGAACAUACUGCGACCUUUCCUUGCACUUGCCGAAACAACAGACAAAGUGUGGGCACUGGUUCAAAAAUUUAAUGAUGAGUGGGAGAGAGGCAACAUUGCUGAAAGCGAUGUUAUAAAGCCAAUAUCAAAGAGAGGUGUUCCAGGUAUAGCAACACGUGAAGGUCCAGGAACACAAGACGUGAAGGAGGGAAAAAUUCUGGUGCACUUUGUUCGGGGUACCGACGGGUCUCACCACUUCAUAGCUGUCCCAGAGCCGCAGUUGACAGCAUGGCGUGCAUUCCGCAGCAUGAGUAUGGAAGAGAAAGAGUAUGCGUUUCUUCGCAUACUAGUCGGCGAGGUCAUGAUAACACAAGCGCCAAAGGGUAGGGGAGGACUGCGGUUCCCAACAGGAGUGCAAGACGACAUAAAGCGAGACCGUUACAUGCUUUGUAUGAUCAAUUUCAUGUUAUUCGACAAGCAGCCGGAAGACUGGAAUGAUCAUACAUUUCUUGGUCUGCAGGAGGUGUUGGAUCGUUUUGCGCACAAAGGACUUGACAGGAAAACAUGGGACGAGAGACGCAAGGAGAUCCCUUUGGACUUAGUGAAAAUGAUGCCCAUGCGCCUUGGUGGAAUGACGGAGAAAUCACAAGGCGGACACACGAAAACAGAGUCUUGGAGUAAGCGCAUGCGUGCAGAUUUCAAGGCGUUUGUGUACAGGCUGUUGGACAAAACAACGACACUAGAGAUUGAAACAAGCCACGUGCGGACCAACCAGCUGUGCAUAAAGUGGAAAGACCGCCAAAUGUCAACAUCGCUCAGUCCGGUGCGCAUCCACCUGUUGGAUGUCAUUAUCGGUUCCAGCAAAGUGGCAAAAGCCACUCGAAACUUCCCGACCCAUUUCGUGUGGUUGGAUAUUUGUGGCGCCGGACAGAUGGACUCAUGGACGGAAGAACAAUUUCAUCUACUUCAAGCUUUUAUGAACUUGUAUUGCGGCAAUUUUUGGACGCUUGUGCUUCUCGUGCCUUUCCAUGCGGAGGGGAUGGUUCUAAGGCAGAACACAGUCCGUGUGACAACGACCGAUAUCACGGACACCAUGGGUGCAAUCAAGGCAAGAGUGAAGUACGGGGAAAUGACAACAACAGGAAAACACCAUAAGGUGUCUAAGGAUCUUGACAAGUUACGAGAACAAGAGCCUCGAGUAUUCAUAAGAAAUGUGGUAGACGAGAAAUUCCCACAAGCGGAAUUCGCGGAUGGUGAUCUCGCUGGUGGAAAAAAUCUCGUGUAUGGGAGCCGGGAGAAAUGUGGAGAGCUGACGAUGGAAAUGUACGCUUCCACUUUCGACGAUGCAGCCCCGUUCGACGACGGUGACAGUGACGAACAGUCACAAAGCGAGCGACUUCAUAUCCCACAACCUCGUUCGUUGCUUGCACCGGAAGACAUGACAAGUGAUUGUACCAUCAACGUGGAAGCGGACAAUUGCAGUGAUAAUGGUGGAAAGGUGAUGCAGUUGGCUCCUGGAGACCCAUUGCCGGCUCAUGCAUCACUGAGUACCUUAAAGCCUGUGUUUUACGGUAAGGCGCAUGUGUUUACGCCUGAAGAAAAAUGGGG